AUGCCAAGAAAAUCCAUAGUGCAGAUAAAAAGAUCUGAGGUGAAGCGAAAACGAAGUGGUGUUGCCAGUACUGUUAAUGAUAGAACCCAUCAUAAAACCUCACAUACAUCCAUCAAAAGACAAAGGACUUUGACAGAAUUUAAUAUUCCCACUUCAUCAAACUUGCCUAUUCGCUCCAGUUCGUAUCCAUUCGAAAGGUUUAAUCAUUCCGCAUCGAACACUAGUAUAGAGCCAGUAGUUAUUGAUGACAAUGAUGAAAACAGCAUUUGCCUUGACGAUACAGGGGAAGUUGAAAUAAUUGUAGACACAGAGGAGGAAGACCUAGUCAGCUUGCAUGAAGAUCAAUAUAUUGGGACGGAUAUCCGGACGGAAGAUCGAAUUAUGACCGAGCUUGAAGAGCAAAUAAACGUCGAAAUAUCUGCAGAUGUUAUUGAAUGUCCUAUUUGCUCGCUGAAUCUCUCCCAUUUAGAGCUAUACGAAAGAGAGACACACUGUGAAAUUUGUGUAGACAGUGGACACGACAAUAACAAUAAGGGGACUUGCAAAAAGGGUGGUAAGAUUUCUAUCUCUAAUCCACCAUCUCCAACAAAACCGAAGAGGGAUUCGGCUUCAUUAAGGAGACCAAUGAGGACUAAACCUGACUUACCAAGUUUCAAAAAAAUUAGGUUUGACAAUAACCACGAAAUAGUUGUUGAUGGCUUCAACUAUAGAGCCAGUGAGACCAUUUCGCAAUACUUUCUUUCACAUUUCCAUUCCGAUCAUUAUAUGGGACUUAAAAAAUCAUGGAACAAUCCUGAUGAGAAUCCGGUCAAAAAGAUACUGUACUGUUCUAAAAUCACUGCAAUCUUAGUAAAUCUAAAAUUCAAAAUACCCAUGGAUGAGAUCCAAAUCUUACCAAUGAAUAAGCGAUUUUGGAUAACGGAUGUGAUUUCAGUCGUUACAUUGGACGCUAAUCACUGCCCUGGUGCAAUAAUAAUGCUUUUCCAAGAGUUUUCGGCAAAUCAGCGUGAUAGGCCCAUAAGACAAAUUUUACAUACGGGAGACUUUCGAAGCAAUGCUCAAAUGAUAAGAACAAUUCAGGAAUGGUUGGCGGAGACGGCGAGUCAUACCAUUGAUCAAGUUUAUUUAGAUACGACAUAUCUCACCAUGGGAUAUAAUUUUCCUUCACAGCAUUCUGUAUGCACUACUGUGGCAGAAUUUACAUUGCAGCUACUGGAACAAGGUAAGAACAAGACGUUUGGUGAUUCACAAAGGAACUUAUUCCACUUUCGAAAAAAAAUGACACUGGCAUCUCAACGUCACAAAUUUUUAUUUCUCGUGGGGACGUAUACUAUUGGAAAAGAAAAGUUAGCCAUCAGAAUUUGUGAACUGUUAAAAACUAAAUUAUUUGUUACGCCAAAUUCCGUGAAAUUUUCGAUGAUCCAAACGGUUUUGCAAAACAAUGAAAACGAGGAUGACGAAUGGGACGAAAGCUUACUCACCGACAACAUGAGUGAAUCGUUUGUACAUUUGGUACCCAUUAGAGUCUUGAAAAGUCAAGAAACUAUCGAAGUAUAUCUGAAAAGUUUAAAAGGAUUGGAAGCAGAUUGCUUGAAAGAUGUCGACGAUGUUAUUGGGUUCAUACCCACGGGGUGGAGUCAUAAUUUUGGUUUAAAACAUCAAAAAAAUAACGAUAAUGAUAAUGAUAAAGAAAUGGAUAAUAAUGCUGGAUAUUGUUUAAAAUUGAUGAAGAGUGAGGGGGAUGAUGACGGAAACAAAUUUGAUGUUUCAAGUAUAUUGAGGCAGUACAAAAAAUACAACAAAUUUCAAGUUUUUAAUGUCCCGUAUUCUGAACACAGUAGCUUCGACGAUUUAGUCAAAUUUGGUUGCAAGUUGAAGUGGUCCGAAAUUGUAUCUACUGUUAACUUGAACAAUUUAUGGAAGGUGAAAUAUAUGACAAAUUGGUUCGAAUGUUGGGAAAACGUUAGGAAAACGUUAGGAAAACGUGGGCGGCUAAAUAAUACAAAAGAAUAUAAUAGAGGGGAAUAA